AUGGGCAGUUUGCAGAUGGUGGGUUCUGAGGGAAUAGCCAAAAGGCUAUGGAAGAAGCUCCAAAAUGUAAGGGCUUUAGCCCUUUACAGCCCAUUUGUAGUUUGUCUGGGCUCAGCCACUUUGGACCCAAAUUCCUUCAUUCACUGCGUCUCUCAGGAUGUCUACUUUCUUCAAUCUUUUGCUCGCGCGUAUGAGCUAGCAGAGGAAUAUGCAGAUGAUGAUGAGGACAAGGAUGCCAUUGGCAAGUUGAGAAUGCGCGUCUUGAAACGGUUAAGGAAUCAAGAUAAACUUAUAUCUGAGUGGGGCUUUGAGCCACCCAAAGAGUGUUCUCGAGAUGAUGCAACAGCCAAAUACACGGAAUUCUUGAUGGAGACAGCCUCGGGUAAAAUCGUGGGAGAGAAAUUCUCUGUUAAUAUUGUUACGCCUUUUGAGAAGACUAAACUUGCUGCCUACACUCUGAGCGUGAUUUCUCCAUGCAUGAGGCUCUAUUCUUUUAUCAGUAAAGAGAUCCUAGCUCUUCUUGACCCCAAGGAGAGUAAUCACGUCUACAAAAAGUGGCUAGACAGUUUAUCCUCUCAAAAGUUCGAGGCAUCGGCAUCAAGCAUUGAGGACUUGCUCGACAAAUUGAGUGUAUCGUUGACUGGGGAAGAAUUAGAUGUGGUGGAAAGGCUUUACCAUCGAGCCAUGAAGCUCGAGUUAGAGUUCAUAUGGUCUCUACAAGUUGCUCAGAAAACCAUACUCCCCUUUUCUCGUCUCCACAAGCCCAAUUAUGCCGGCCAGGAGGGCAAUCUUGUCAUUUUUUGCGACUUUGACCUGACGUGCACAGCCAUUGACUCUUCUGCUCUAUUGGCUGAGCUGGCAAUACUGGCGACAGCCGAUGUUUGUGAGUCUGAGGAUCUUCGGUCGACAUGGAACGGUCUUUUCAGCCAGUAUGUGGAAGAAUAUCAGCAAUGCAUUGAUAAAAUUUUGUCGGUUGAAGCAGGAAUCGGGGAAUUUAAUCGAGGUAAUGGACUCAAUUACGAAGGUCUAUGCAAAGCACUUGAGCAAAUAUCGGAAGUCGAGAAACGAGCAACCUCAAGAAUGGUCCGUAGUAAUGUGUUGAAAGGUCUAAAUCGAGCGGAGAUUAAAAGAGCUGGCGAGAAACUGGCUUUUCAAGAAGGAUGUAAAAGAUUCUUUGAGGAUUUGAAGGAAAGUAAGAAUCCCAAGAUGAAUGUUCAUGUGCUGUCAUACUGUUGGUCUGGUGAUCUUAUCAAGUCUGCUUUUUCAUCAGAUGAGCAAAUUAUGUUAAACGUGCAUUCCAACGACUUAGUUUAUGAAGAAUCUAUCUCCACGGGCAACAUGAUCACAAACAUGGAAUCACCUAUGGACAAGCUUCGUGCAUUUAACGACGUUGCAAAACCGGACACAAAUAAUAGUAAGACAUCCACAGUUUACAUUGGAGGCUCCGUUGGUGACUUGCUCUGUCUGUUAGAGGCAGAUAUUGGCAUCGUCAUUGGCUCGGGAACAAGCCUAAUGAAGCUGGGAAAUCACUAUGGCGUCUCGUUUGUCCCGUUAUUCUCUGGUUUAGUAAGUAAACAGAGAGAGCUUACGGAAGAUGGCGUUUUUAGUACAAAGGGUACGUCUAAUAUUCUUUAUACGGUUUCGAGUUGGGAUGAAAUUUACGCGUUCGUUUUGGGGCAGUACUAA